UUUCAUAGUUCUAUUCAACAGAUAUUUUUAGUAAGUAGUACUAGUAUUGAUUUAGAUUUAUUAAUUUUUGAAUUUGAUACUAGCUCAUACUUAUUAAUAAGAGAUAGAAUAGUUUCUCAAUCUGAAACUGAGCUAGCUCCUAGGAUAAGAUUAUCUAUUGAAUAA